UUACAUGCUGGCUCUCUGUCUCAUUUUGGAGCUCGCCAGUGGGAUUCUUGCUUUGAUCUUUAGGAGACAGACAGAGGACCUUCUCAACAAAAACAUCCGUAAAGGCAUGGUCAAUUACUAUGAUGACCUGGAUUUCAAAAACAUCAUGGACUUUGUUCAGAAAACGUUCAAAUGUUGUGGGGGAACCGACUUCACAGACUGGCAGGUGAACAUGUAUCAUAACUGCUCUGCUCCUGGUCCGCUAGCGUGUGCAGUGCCUUACACCUGUUGUCUGAGCAAGCCUUCUGAAGUUGUUAAUACAAUGUGUGGACACAAGGCCCUGGAGAAAGAGAGGCUAGAAAAUAUAGAUGUGAUCUACACCCGUGGUUGCACGAAUGCCGUCUUCAUUUGGUUCAUGGACGACUAUAAAAUCAUGGCUGGACUUCUUCUGGGCAUCUUAGUUCCUCAGACCACAAAAGGAGAAAUGUAAAGAAAUGUCCCUCUUGUGCUUGUCCGUACAAUGGCAGUGAAUAGCGUCCAGCAUCAAGCUUUUAAAAAAGAUGCAAAAGUAUCACAGAAUGGUCUGAUGCAACACGUCAACUCACCCAGGAAAAGUACACAAGUUGUGAGAAAUCAAGAUG